AUGAGAGGAAUUACUAUCUUAUUAUCCGUAGUGUUUCAUAUCACUAGAGCUUUAGCUGUGAUAAUCUCCCUGGAUACAGUUGUAUAUAAUACCUUUUUAAUAUCUAGUGGUGGUGUUCAAAUUUAUGAUGAUACUUAUUUGGCAAUUCUUGAUGAUACAGGAACAACAAUUACAGGAGAUGUCAUCAUCGGAACUGGAGGAAAUCUUUAUACUAAUGAUCUGACCUAUAUUAAUAAUUUGGCAAUCACACUAUGUAAUCAGCUUGGAGAUUUUAUCAAUAAUGGUUCAGUUACAUUUGUUAGUCUUAAUUCGUUUCUUGCUAGUUAUUAUUAUAUUACACCUUUGAAUUCAUUUAUAAAUAAUGGAGAAAUUUUCUUGGCUUAUAGCGGCAUUGCUAGCGGAGGUGUGAAUUAUAUCUCAAGUCCUUCCAUAAUUAAUAAUGGUUUAAUCAUAUUUUAUCAAACUUUACCUAAUGAUGAUUAUGUCACUUUACAAGGUACUUUUACAAAUAAUGGUCAAAUUUGUCUUUAUAAUAAACGAAUAUAUCAAAAUGCAGAUAUCAAUGGUGUUGGUUGUAUUACAAUUCAACAACAAGGAAUCAUGGAAAUAACUAAGCCUUUGUCUUAUUUACAAGGUCAAACAUUCUUUUUGGCAGGUAAUGAAUCCAUGAUUAAUGUUUAUCCUGUAUUCGGAACCGAAACCAUCACAGUUGCAGGAUUUGGAAAUGGUAAUAUCAUAGCUCUAGAUUAUAAUCUUCAAAGCAUGAAUUAUGAUGAACUGGGAAUAUUAACCAUUUGUUCCUCUGGUGAAGGAUGUCAAGAUUUUGAUAUUGGUCAAGGUUACAACUCUCUGGGUUUUGAAAUGGUGAUUAAUAAUCCGUUUGGGCUGUAUGGGGUUUAUUAUCCCGAUCCACCACCAAAUCCUGGUAUACCAGUUGGAUGCUCGCUUUUUACUGAAGUGCCAAUAUUUCCUGGAUCUAUCUCGACUACGUCUUCUUCUUCUUCUUCUUCUUCUUCUUCUUCUUCUUCUUCUCCUUCUUCUUCAACAAGUUCUUCUUCGAUAUAUUCAUCCUCGUCAUCCUCGAGUGGAAUAUUACUGAUAAGUAGUUCGUCGUCAUCAGGUAGCUCGAUAAUGUCUAGUUCUUCUAUAUCCUCACUUUCUUCAGGCACUGUUAGCCUAUUACCAUCAAGUAGUUCUUCAUUAUCAAGUUCAUUUGAAUCAACAAGUACUUCAUCUACAGAAUUUUCAACUUCUCAGUCCUCAUCAACAUUGACAAGUAUUUCUGAAAGUAUAUCGUCAUCCAAUCUAUUAACAUCAAGCAGUUCUUUAUUAUCAAGUUCAUUUGAAUCAACAAGUACUUCAUCUGCAGAAUCUUCAACUUCUCAGCCAUCAUCAACAUUGUCAAGUAUAUCUGAAACUACUUCGUCAUCCAAUACUUUAAGUUCAAGUUUUACUGCUUCGUCUGAACCUGCUUCUAUCAGUGAAUCGAGUAGUUCUUCGUCGCUGCCAUCAACUAGUUUAUCUUCUCCAUCUUCUUCAUCUUCUGCUCUAUCAUCAAAUACAGAAACAUCUUCAAUGAUAACAUCAUCCACACAUUCCGAGUUUUCUUCAUCAACAACAUUGCUUAUAGAAUCAACUAGUAUACCAUCAACUAGUAUACCAUCAUCUAGUAUAACUCCUUCUUCAGUCUCUUCUUUAAUUACUUCAAGUACAGCUUCUACUUCUAUAGAACCAUCCGCCAUCUCCUCAUUUAGUACAAUAACUUCCAAUACCUUAUCAUCAUUUAUAUCAUCAUUUCCACUGGUUUCAAUUCCAUCAUCAUAUGCCUCAACUAUAACCACGUCUGUAAGUACCCAAUCAGGCUCAUUGACCAUCACCCUAUACUCCAACUCGUCGAUAUCAUAUCCAUCGUAUUCUCUAUUAUCAGAGUCUCUUUCUAGAACAGCUUCGAUAAGCGCUAGUAUAACUGGCGAAUACAGUCCCUCUUCCACCAGUUCUUCUACUAUAUUGAGUGAAUCAUCCAGUAGUCCUAGUUCAAUUGAAUCAACCACCACUUCAUUAACGUCAUCUUUCAUAUCCAAUGAAUCAAGUGGUUCAUCUUAUUCAUCUUCAAUAUCCAUCUCAACAAGUCCACCUAUUUCUAUAAGCUCCACUAGUCCGUCUAUUACUUUUAUUUCCUCCAGUUCUAUUUCUAUAAUUUCAUCCUUUAUUGAAUCAAGCUUAUUUACUUCCGGUGUAUCUUCAGAAAGUGUACCAAUAUCGAUCUCAGGAACUACGUUAGGUUCGUCUUCCAUAGCUUCAAAUUCAAUUCCAUCAACAAAUGGUAGUAUAACUACCAGUGCUGAAUCUUCUCCAACUUCGGGAAGUGGACCAACUACUAUAUACGGCGUGUUUGAUACUUCGAUGCCUCCAUUAUCAUAUGUGGAUCUUGAUUCAUACUACACUACUUCGAUCCCAAUGGCUCCUGCCUUCGAUGGAAUAUUCUCAUUCAAAUUCUCUGGUAAUGCUCAACCUGGUGACAUUGCCCAUCUAGUAUUACCAAAUGUGUUUGAUAUAUUUCAGGGAACAGGUGGUAUAGUUAAAAGAGCAGAUGGAACAACAUCUUUAUCUGUUGAUGAUAUUGAUUAUGCCGAUUGUAUAGUCACCAUGGCUGGUUCUACAAAUGAUGAGACCACUGUCGACUGUACAGUCAAUAGUAAUAUACUUACCAAUCCUGACGUUAGUGGAUCUCUUAUUUUACCAUUGGUGCUUAAUAUUGGUGGAUCUACUUCUCCUACUGAUAUUCAAGCUGCAAAUGCCUUUGUUGCUGGCAAUCAACCAAUUAUCUUCAAUGACGGUCUUAACGAUAUUUUCUCAUCGGUCACAUUUGCUGCUGGUAGUCCAUCUCCGGGUGAUCCAAGCGUUCUCGUAUAUGCUUCUAGACCUCAACCAUGGAAUAAUUUAGAAUCAUUCUAUGUAUUAGGUGGAAACUGUACUUCCUCAUCUGGAUCAGGUGAAAUCAGUAUUUCUGUGACCGAUGGUUCGAUUGACUGCCCAUCGUGGUCUGCAGGUAUUACUAAUAGUCUUAAUGCAUGGUACUUCCCAACUACAUAUGAAACAUUAAGUAGUGUGAGUAUUGCUUCAUGUGGCCCUUCAUCUCUUGUUCUAUCAUAUUACGGUGUUCCAACUGGGUACAGAUUAUUCAUCAGUGUUGAUGCUGAGACAGAUGGUUCUAUUCAAGCUACGUUCAAUGAUGAGCAUUCGUGUGUAGCAUUAUCAUCAGGUUCAUCAGUCACUGUGGGUUCUACUAUUAGUGUGAGUCCAACAGUUAUCAUCAGUACAUAUACCACUUCAUCCGUAUUUAGUUCUACAGAGAUUAUCAUAACUGUUAUUAAUGGAGUUAGUGAAACGUUGACUACUGUUGUACCAAUCACUUCUUUAGAAACUAUAACGACUAGUUUUACUGAAUUUGUUCCUGUCGCCACUGAAACUACAGGUAUAACAGUUGGUGGUGGAACCAAAUCUUAUAUUACUACUACAUUCUGCCCAGUUGGUGAAGAGAGUUCCAUCACAGCUACUGAAGUAAUCGUAACCACCAUCGAGACUACGUAUUGUCCAGAGGAAGGUGCAAAUACCAUUCCUGGUCAAGUUGUUACCACUGCUAUUGUUGCUACUACAGUCACAGCUAAAAUGUCAAAUUCAACUCCUACUUCUGUUGCUGCUAUUGAAACUCAAAAUGUUGCGCCAACAACUGAAGUUGUCACUGAAACCAAGGUAGGUGAAACCCUUGUAGAAAUUACAACGGAAAGAAAAGGUUCAAUCAUAAUUAUUGAAUCAACAAUUUCUGUAGAAGAAGUUCCAACUACGUAUGAGACUACUACCACUGCUAAUAAUGUAUAUGCCACAGAGGUGUUCGCCACUGAAGUUGGAACUAUUCCUUUAGUUACUACUAGUUCAACGGCUUCAGUGGUCCCACAAACUAGUCCCGUCGAAGGCUCUGCUAAUAGAUUCCAGUAUUCUAUCACAUUUUUGCUAACUUUAUUAUUAUCAUCCAUUAUCUAA